CGGCACCCUUUGACCAUAAUCUUGCUUUGACGCUUGAUAGACCUCCUGAAUGACACCAAUGGGCUGCUCAGACCAUCACCACAAGCAUUGUUCCGACCCGCACCAUCAUCGAAACUACGACGACGUACGGGCGAUGCGCCAUCUCAUCGAGCAGCUCUCCGGCGACCAACCCUUUGAACCUGGCGAAAACUAUGCCUCUGUACUCGAAAAAGUAAAACUCGGAUUUGAUCAUGCGUUUCGCGCCGUCGCCCGCGACCCACCCCCUGGGACCAACAUAUACAACUCAAACCACAUCAACAUCGUCUGCCAGACAUUUGGCGCCUUCGAGCGCGGUUGGGCAGUCGCCGAACGCCCCGAGGGACAAAGCCUGGCUCCCCUCCUACGCCGGAUUACCCCGCGCAUGAUUGCGUGGGCCACGCUCUUCCACCCGGAGCGCGGCCAGAUCGUCGAUCCCACCGGCACGCGCGAGACGGGGCGCGAGCUCGCGGGCAUCAUCCAGGUGUACCUCACCCUCCUGGAGUCGGACAUGGCGCACGCGAAGCCGCUUCUGCACGCGCACCCGGACAUCGUCGUGCAGGCGCUCGAGCUCUGGCUCGGCUUCCCGCGCUACAUCGCGCGCGCGCAGGCCGAGGAGGCGCGCGGGCCGCCGCGCCCCAAGGGCAGCUCCGACUUCUUCAACCUCGCGUUCGGGCUCGUCGGGAUCCUCUUCUACAUCCAGAGCAUGCUCGCGUACGAGGGGAACGAGCCUACCGCAGCGGACCGCGCGCUCUUCCGCCGCAGCCUCCAGAAGGCCGGCGUGACAGAGAGGGUUCUUUACAGGCAAAUUCCCGUGCAGACAGACUUUCUCAGCACCCUCAACAUGAGCCCCAUCGCCGGGCCGCAGACGUGGACGAAGCACUUCGCGCUGCUCGCGACACUCGUCAAGCACGCGGACCUGCAGCCGUCCAAAAUACCGCCUGCGGUCAUCCCCUUCGUCCUCGCCGGCGCGCAGACCUGCCUCCGCACCCCGGACACGCACGCCGGCGCCUUCUGGGCGGCCCAGCUCGUCGAAAACAUGUGCGCGGUGGCCAGGAGCAACCACACGCUUGUGCGCGCCAUCGCGGGCGGGGUCUUCGACGUCCUGUGCGCGCUGGACCGGGUGGCGGAUGUGCUGUACGACUGCCGCGCCCUCGCGCGGCGGCUGGCUGCGGGCAUGGCGCACGCGCGGGUCCUGCGCGCGUUCCGUCGGCGGCACCCGCGCCCGCCCGCGAUCCACAACAUCCCGCCGCGGCAAGAGCUCUUCUGGCGCGAUGUCGUGCAGGCGUACCAGGCCUACACGCGUCGUUACAAUAUACACCGCAAGAGUGAGGAGUGGAGAGGCUGCCUCGCUUGCUAUAAUUUGCGGGGCCCUCAUAACCGUUCGGCGAAGGUUUGUCCCUGCGGCGACGCCAUGUUCUGCUCUGGGAGCUGCCAACGGAUGCACUGGGAGGAGCGACACCGCGAAACGUGCUGCGCGAGAAAUGGAGUCUGGGGCCUCAACGGCGCCCUCUCGGUUGUGGACCUCAUAUUCAUCUGCUCCCUCGCGCGCGAGCACGUCACGAGAAGCGCAAGGCGGCGCAUCGCGGCGGAGAUGGCUCGACUUCUCAAGGGACGCAGCAGCCCGAGGCCCGAGCGGAGCACGCAACAGGGCGAGCCCGCGCCGCGCGAGCAGUUCGUCGUCCUCUGCGACCUGACGGACGCCAUCCCGAAUCUGCGCGAGAAGGUGUACAUCCGCGGCGCUGGCGAAGGCGAAGGCGCCCACCCACUCUUCUCCCCCCACGUUGUGGCCGUCGAGGUCGUUAUGAACCUCGGCAGGCGGCGCGUGCAGCAUGUCCUCCCUUUCGUCGUUGCCAUGGAUAUUUUCCUGCCUGAGCAGCGCAAGCCUUGAUCAAGGUAGUCAUGUCUUGUCCUCGCAAGUUGAUUAGUCCCUGCACCGCGUCGCCACCUACCUUCUGCCUUCUGGUGUUGUCGCGCUAUUGUGUAGGUUUUAUGCAAUGUCACUACCCACUUGACUUGUGUAACUACUCG